AUGACGAUCCCCGCCAAUACUUCCCAGCGCUACUCGCUCGCCGAGGUGUUUUCAGUAUGGAAUAAGUCCGCGCAGGACAUCUUGAACACCACUCUCGAAGGCGACCCCCGCGAGAAAUACAAGCAGCCCGACCAUCCACAGCCAAUCUACCAUGUCGAGCUACACCCGCACGAGUCACACAAGCUGGGGGCGACCCCGCACGACGCUCUGGUGGCCGAUUCGCUCAGUGGUCUCUCGCUUAAUUCGCCACCAGCGCCGGCUCCCGCGCCCGCCACCACUGCCAGUGCUCUCGUACCGCCGUCAAUGAUCCAGUGGCACUAUAUCGACCACAAUAAAGUCGAACAGGGUCCGUUUUCGGGGGAUAUGAUGGCGGAAUGGUGGGCAGGAGGGUUUUUGAAUCUAGACCUUAAUAUCCGCCGCAAGGAGGAUACCGCCUACAUGACGAUCCAGGACUUGUGCCAGGCCACAGGCAACUUCAGUGCCCCGUUCCUGGUGCCAUUGGCGGCGAAUACGGCGCCGGCGGUGGCCCCGGCAGCGCCGCCACCAGCACCCCCGCUUGCCUCUCCGUUAACCGCUGAUCUUAAUCAGGCGCCCACCGGUGGUAUCUCUGCUGCCGGGGGAACGGCGAAAAAGGAUUUCUCGUUGCUUAGAGGUCUUUACGACCCGUUUGCUCCGUCACCGGCAUCACCGUUAAACUCACCACUAACGCAGCAGGCAACGCCUCUAUACCACCAGCUGCCGCUAAUGGCACUGGCAAGUCUAGCCCUGCCGCUGCUUGGAGCUGCUGGUGGUGCUCUUGGCUCAGCACCGUUAGCACCCCCCACGGGAGGAGGUCUAUUUGCCUCUCAAUUGGGACUGGCGUCUUUCCAACAACCAUUGGUUAACCCGCAACCGUUUGCUCCUCAGCCCACAGCUACGGCACCGGCGUUCCUUUCGCGUACCUCCAGUUCGUGGCUUGAUUUCAAUAACGCCAGCCCCUGGGGUGUUACAAACUCGCUGUCGCUGCGGGUGAACCUGCCGUUUAUGAACGGCGACGACGUCGCUGCCCCCUCUACCGACGUGCUUGAUAACUUUGGUGUUGCUUCCGUGCUUAACGAUGACGACCAUAAGUUGUUUGGAGGUCCGGCACCGACGUUACAGCAACAGGCACAGCAAUUGCACCAAUCAUUACAACAACAGUCGCUUCGUAAGGAACGUGAGGAUGUGAGACUGACCCCGUCACCCAGAGUAGCGUCCAGUGGCGCUAGUGCCUCGAUCCUGGUGGCCUCGCCCUCGCCCUCGCCCGUGACUACCACUGCCGCUCCCACCACCACUGCUACUCAACAGUAUGCUCAACCGGAACCUGUUGCUGCACCGGUGGCUCCUGUGGUUCCCGUGGAAACCCCAGCAUCUGUGGACACUGCCACCGCUAAAAAGCUGAAGCGCAAGUCCGAACAGCCUAAGGAAGAAGCUGCUAAGUCUACUGCUAAACUGAAGGAAGUUGUGACACCCAAGGAACCGGCUCCUAAGCCGCAAAAGCUUCAACUUGAUGAAUUAAUCAAGCCUAAGGAUACCACCAAGACCGAGGCAGAACUGGGGGCAGCGUGCCCGUGGCUGACGGCUCCUCAAGCCCCUCAGAAACCCGUGCUUACUUUGAAGGAAAUUCAACAAUUGGAAGCGGAAAAGCAGUCGAAGCAAAAGCAACAGGAACUGCAAAUCCGCGCCGAACAGGCCCAGAGAGCGUGGGCCGCGGCUGAGGCUAAAGCCCGUGUCCCUGACACUCAAGCCAACAUCGAUUUCGCCAGUAAAGGCGGCUGGGGCACCGCUCCCGUGGCUCAACAGCCUCCCGCUAAAACCCUUGCCGAAAUCCAACGCGAAGAAGCUGAGCUCGCCGCACAAAAGCGGGCAGCUCAAAAGGCCGCCUCGUUAUCGCUGGUGCCGCUGUUUGCUCUGGCGGCAGCGGCAGCGCUGCUGGCGAUCCCCGACCUGGCGUGGACCACGGUGGCACUGAAGAAACCCGCCACUAAGAAACCGGCAGUGCCGCAAGCGCCAGCCAUCACCAACCAGCCGUCGCUGAUGCCUAGCCCUCAAGUGUUGCGGAUGGUCUCGGCUGCGCCCAAGCCGGUGCUGCUGACGCUGAACCUGGCGACGAGAGAAGAGUUUAUGGUGUGGGCCCGCAGCCAGAUGGCGGGGUUGUACCCGCUGGUUCUGAAGGAAGAGCUCUUGGCGAUGUUCUGUACGUUGCUGACGUCGCUGCCCGACUCGCAGGCGUUGAUUGCCGAGACGAUGUACGCGUCGCUGGCUACCGUUGACGGGCGCCGGUUUGCUCAAGAGUUCCUCAAGCGUAGGGGAAGAGUCGAUGCUAAGAUCGGCAUGCUGGACGAAGUGGAAUGGGCCGCCGCCAUUGCUCAGAGUGCCGAUAAGGUUCAAACGGUCGACGAAGACGGCUGGCUGACCACCAACAAGAAGAAGGGCAAGAAGAAGCAUUAA